CACAGACCCCUAUAGGUCUGUUGAAGACCAAUGUCUUCAAAAUAUUGAAUAUUGAAUAUUUUGACUGACCAUUUUCCUUGUGAAAAUGCAUUAAGAAUAGGUUCCUAUCAACAGAAAUGGCAGUAAGUCAGUCUUAAUCUCUUUUAACUCAUGGCAACAAAUACAGCAUUACAUUUUCACUGAAGCAAGACUUAAAAUACAGUGUUCUAGUUCAAUCAUUUGUGUUUUGGGACUUUUGCAUAGUUUCAUAGUUUGAGUGCAAUGGCUGCGAAUGAAAAGAUGCUUCUUACAACAGGUUGCGUAGGUAAGUGUGUGUGUGUGUGUGUGUAUGUGUGUGUGUGUGUGAGUGAAAGCGUGCAUUUAUUGUUGGUGUCAAGUUUCAAACAAGGGUUUCAUCACAAGGUUUUGUGCAGGAGUAGCAGGCGGUGCAGUCACGCUUCGUCACUGCUUGUGUCUGGAAGAGCUGUUGCCAUGGCAAUCAUGGACAACAGCGUUACUUGUCUCUUGUGUUUUGUUAUGAGAAGCCAUAAGCAGAUUCUGUUGUGGACACUUGGCCAUGGUGGUCAUUUGGUUUUAUUUGCAGUUAAAUUGUGGUUUGAUGGGCACAUGCACCGCAAAGACUGUUUCGACUGGCAUCAGGAGUGUGUUGGGGCUCUGCACGUUUCCUCUUCCAAUCACGUUCCUCAGAUGUUUUUCACCACUCUCUGAUCCUUUCAUUCUAUUUUAUCACCAUAAAUAAAACACGCAGUGCUAAACUGUUCAAAGUAGAGCGAGGGUGCCUCAGUAACUCCUCCUCAUACAAAAACAGUUAAAAUUAAAAGCACAAAAGUUUCUUUGGAGGUAGGUUGCUCCACAUGUGUCCUAUGGAUUAAGACUGUCUCUCAGAGUCUGAUGUUGAUGUUGGGAACCAAUCACAUGUGCUCCUGAUAGUACUGCAUGAUAAAUAACAAUCUAUAGUGCCUUAAGCUCAGUGCUGUAUGUCCACCCUGUUUUGUCCCCAAAUCAUUGUCUAACAUCCUCCUUCCUUCCUUCCUCUCCAUGUGUUACAUUUUUGUUUCCCACCUACUUUUCCCCCCAAAAGACCCGUUUGCUCCUUCGGACGGUGGCACCAACGCAGCGUCGUCAGGUCUAGACCUUUUCGGCAUGAUGGCAGUGGAGAACAAUGAACCGGCUAGUUCGCUGGACGCCUGUUUUAUCUCUGUGGUGCCCUCCCCCUCCCCUUCCCCUUCACCACUCUUCACCUCCUCAUCCAGCACCAUCACCACCACUGCAACCAUUUCAGCUCCCAUAGCCUCCGGCGCCGCCAACCCUGCAACUGACCUUUUCAGCGAUAUCUUUGACUCCAUGCCAGACUCAACCUUCUCCAAAGCAGACCCCGCCCCCAGUGCUGACUUGUUUUCAGCAGCGGAUGUGUUCGGCUCCCCUGCCCCCAUCCUCUCCUCAGCACCCAUUCCCAAAAUUGACACAGGAGCCAUCAUGAACCUGUUUGGUGUGUGAAGCCGAAGGCUGAUUAUUACUUCUUUGCCCUCAUGCUGCGAUGGAAAUGGCUCAACCUACCUGAACCUGGCGUGGAAACGGUUUGGUUAUUUUUGGGUUCAGAGUCCACAGGAGGAGACGCCCCGGC